AUGUGCGGAGGCCCACAAUGGAAACGUGAAAUCGUACCGGACCACAAGUUCGACUUUGUCGACGUCCGUGAGUUCGAGGACAAGGGUUUCGGCAUGCGCAUGAAGUAUCUCUGGCUCUACGUACUCGUACUCAAGAGUUUCCUCGUCUACGUCUCCGAUAUCUUCACUGCCGUCACCAUGUUGACUACCAAAUCCUGGUCGAACCAAAUCUUCAACGACUGCCCCGACCUCGAGGGCUGCGUUGCCAUCCCGUUUAACGUGGGGAAAUGGCUCUUCGUCGGCUGCAUUAUCUUCUCCUUCCUCCUGCUGGCGUACGAGUCCCGUAAAGCAAAGAAGAUCAUCGCUAGCCAUGAUAUCUCAUACGCGUUCACCAACAUCAUGGCGAACAACUACUAUUCCCUCCGUUCCUACCCGCACUUCUGCUUCUUCGAUCACAUCUCUUCGUCCACCAAGCGCUCCGACGACUUUGCCUUCUUCAUCUUCUUCACCUUCAAGAGCUGGAAGCGUCUGUUACUCGCCGACGCCCCGCGCCAGACCAUCAAUGCGCUCACGCUCUACGCUAUAUACCUCUCGAAGAAGGCCGACGUGAGGCCGUGGUGGUAUAUUCAGAAGUAUUUCGAGGGCAACUCCGUCGUCACCACCUGUCUCGAAAUUUCGACGCUGUUCACCGUAAUCAUCUGCGCCGGCUCCCUUCUCACCUUGCUCGUGGCUGGUGUCCUUUAUAUUCCCCUUCUCAUUCACAUCAAGGGUAACCUUAAGGAGUACUGCUGUCACAAGGUUGAUAAGCGCAUCACGGAGAUCAUCCGUCGUCGCAACAAGCAGCGCCUUGCUCGUGCGGCCUCACUCGCACGCAAGGAAGCUGCAGGAGAUUACUCCCACUUGAAGAACAAGAAGGGUCAACUCAUGCAGCAGCCGCUCCCGCAGCCGACACUUCCGAAUAUCGAUAUCGACGACGACGACAAGAUCUCUAUCCGGUCGGGCCGCAGCAAAGGUCCCGGUAGCACGCUCGUCGGCCAUACGGACUUCUAUCCCAGCGAUGCGAAGAGUGUGGUCGCUAGCGACUAUAACGUCGGCGCCGUGCCGGACUAUAGCAACAUGCCCGCGUAUGCUCAACCGUAUAGCACGCUCCAGGACCCCCAUAAUCCGUACGCGCACUACAACCCUUCUGCGCCUGAUCUUGGAGAAGGCUACGACCAGUACGGUGGUUCGACAGCAUAUCUCGCAUCAGGGCAACAAGGGUACGGUCAACAGGAUGCUUACGGCGCUGGUCAAGGAUACGUCGCGGACCCGUACGACGUAUAUGCCGGAGGCGAUGCCCACGGCCAACAUCAGCAGCAGUAUGCUCAGCACGGCUAUGACCAACAGCAACCCGGAUACGAUCAACACUACGGAUACGAUCAACAGCAGCAGCAGCAACACUAUCAGCAGCAGCAUCAGGCGGGCUACGGCGGAGAGCACCUUAACGCCGCGCCGGCCGCGCCGUUGUACCGCUCCCCGAGUCCGUCGAACUAUGGCACAGAGCCCUCUUACCAUACACACGGCGACGUACAGCACGGUGCGGCACCCGCGUAUGGCUCUGGAUACGCUGUUUAG